AUGGUGUUUUAAUAAUAUUGAAUGUAAUUUAAAGGUCUUACACAGCAUCAGAUUCACAGCCCUAAUUAUUUUAACAUUAUUUAUAACCCAUUAUACCUAUAGUCAAAUUAUUUUCUGUUUUUUUAAGACCAAUCAAUUAUCUUACAUCGGUGGAAAACAUAGUAAGUCAAUGAUUAAAAGGAUUAUGAGUAAGCUGUUUACAGAUGAGUUGUUGAAACUUUAUUCAUUUAGUGGGAAAAAAGGAAAAAUUAAGUUUUCACAACUAGCUGUUUGUUCAGUCAUAUUUGAUGCAGUUAAACAAAAUCAUAAAUUCAAAAACGUCACUCAAAAUGACAUGGAGGAAGUUAUAAAAUAUGUAUUGGCACAAGCUCCUUUUAAUAUCAAAAGGCUUGAAAAAAAAAAUGAUUGUGGAGUAGACGAGAUAUCUGAAAUUAUAGAGUUAGUAGGAACAGGUUUAUUAACUAUUGGGGAACAAUGUAAGGGAAAAUCUAUAUCGACUAGAAUAGACAUUCAACAAAUAGAAGAAACUGUUGAGUCUCAAUCUAAUAAUAUUAGUAUUACUGUGACAGAUGAUUCAAAUGAUAAAAUAGUGGAUUCUUUCUCGGCGUAA